AAACGGACAUGUGUGUUUCCGGUUUACGGCGGGAAGAGUAAAGUGAUGGUAGGCGCAGUGUGUGGAGAAAUCAUGUCCCUCAGGUGUCCCGUUUGCGCGGCUUAUUGAGUUUGGUUUGUUCCUGGAGCUGUGUUUGAAGGCGACGCGCCCGGCAGCGAGGCUCUGCGAGGGAGUCGCGUUGUGGCGCAUGGAGAAGCCCGCGGACUCCGGGGCUGCAGCACCUGCGGGCCACAGGAUGGAGGUGUCGGAGAUCCGGCUGCCGGCGGGAGCGCGCGCUGUGCGCCUGCGGGAGUGGAAGGUAGAGCCCGGGGCUCUGGUGAAGGUGGACUCAGUGGUGGCGUUAUGCGUGGUGAUCCCUACAGACACGGAGUGCGGCUCGGAGGACCGAGAGCAGCCGAAGAGGCGGUUGACGGAGAAGAAGGUUAAGUCGGAUCGUGCUGGAGUCGUGAGAGAGCUGUGUUACCAGCUCGGAGAGACCAUAUCUCCCGGGGACGUUAUAGCCAGAAUAGAAGAAUGCAGCCAUCCCAUAGUGAUGAAGGGUCUGUGUGCUGAGUGUGGCCAAGACUUAACACAGCUGCAGAACAGGAAUGGGAAGCAGCAAAACCCCAUCUCUACUGCCAUGGUUUCCAUGGUGCACAGUGUUCCUGAGCUGAUGGUUAGCUCAGAGCAAGCAGAGCAGCUUGGUCGAGAAGACCAGAAGAGGCUCCACAGAAACAGAAAGUUGGUUCUGAUGGUGGAUCUGGAUCAGACUCUAAUCCACACCACAGAGCAGCAUUAUCAGCACAUGUCAACCAAAGGAAUUUUACAUUUCCAACUGGGAAGAGGGGAGCCCAUGCUGCACACACGUCUCAGGCCUUACUGCAAAGAGUUCUUGGAGAAGAUUUCCAAGAUGUAUGAACUGCACGUGUUUACGUUUGGAAGUCGGCUGUAUGCGCACACCAUUGCAGGCUUUUUGGAUCCUGAAAAGAAACUUUUCUCGCAUAGAAUCCUGUCAAGAGAUGAGUGCAUUGACCCCUACUCCAAGACAGGAAAUCUGAGAAAUUUGUUCCCGUGUGGAGACUCCAUGGUGUGCAUCAUUGAUGAUCGAGAGGAUGUGUGGAAGUUUGCCCCAAACCUCAUUACAGUGAAAAAAUACGUCUACUUCAAGGGAACGGGUGACAUCAAUGCCCCUCCUGGGUCACGAGAGGCCCAGAUAUCCAAAAAAAGUGCAGGUGGCCUGGCGAGUCAACCUGUAGAAACCACCAAUCCAUCUGAAUCAUCAUCAUCAGACGAGGGGAAGAAUAACUGCUGCAAAAAACAGGAGAAGGAUAAAAAGUGUCCGCAAGACGAAACAUCAGUCUGUGGCUCUGACGUUCAAGGAGCAUCAGCCAGUCAGAAAACUUCUGAUGGAAAGAGGACAGAAAAGUCACACACGAGUAAUAAAUCUGACGUUAAAGAAGAGACGUGUGUUUCAGAUAAGACGAGGCAGUCAGGUGAAAGCAUAGACUGUGAGAAUGUAGCCGCAAGCACCGACUCGGGAAAAAACGGCCAUAAAAACGAUGGUCCUUUAGAAACUGAAAAACUUAAAGACGUGAGCAUGGAGGAGGAGUGCUGUGGUACGGAGGAAAACGGAGAUAAAGGAGUGCACGCGGUCACCAUGUGUGAUCCGGAUGAAGAGUGUUUUGCCGAUAACGGAUGUUCUGACAAGAAAGAAACCGAGACCGAGUCUCAAAACAGCGAGCAGUCGGGCGUCACCAUGGGGGAGGAGUCUUUAGACCACAGCAUGGUGGAUGAUGAGGAGGAGGAGGAGGAAGAGGAAGAAGACAUGGAUCAGGACGACCACUUGAUUUACCUACAAGAGAUCUUGAUGCGUAUUCACAACGAGUAUUACUCACGCUACGAGGUUUACCUGCGAGGGGACUGCUCCGAGAUGCCAGACAUUCGGAAAAUCGUCCCUGAGCUGAAGGGUAGUUCGCUUGCUGGUACCACCAUUGUGUUCAGUGGUUUGUAUCCUACAAACUACCCCAUGGAUCGAACACGGGAGAACUACCACGCUAAAGCACUGGGUGCCAAAAUUUGCAAGAACCUCAUCUUCAAUUCUGAAGAUCCUGACUGCACCACCCACCUAAUCGCUGCACGUGCUGGUACGGAGAAGGUCCGGCAGGCCCAGGCCUGUAAACACCUGCAUGUAGUGAAUCCUGAUUGGCUUUGGGGAUGUUUGGAGCGAUGGGAAAGAGUGGAGGAGCAACUGUUCCCUCUGAAAGAAGACUACACAAAAUCACAGAGGAGUAGUAGCCCAUCAUCAUUUCCUGAUAUUCAAGACUCCUUCCCAGCGCCUGUUAUUGACCCUGUUUUCGUCCAGCCCAAAAGCUCACUGGCUCCCGAGGUGCACACGUAUGAUUCAGUAACUGGGAAGUUGAUCCGAAGAGGCCCUCAAGUGCCACGUCAACCCCAAAAAUCAUCUGUCAACUUAAACUUCAGGGAUUUGAGAUUUCUGCAGCAGGACGACCCUGACAGCUCAAGAGCUGAUGAUGAGCAGCCUACACCAUCACGCAGGAAACGCCAGCCGAGCCUGUCUGAAACCAUGCCUCUCUACACGCUUUGCAAAGAGGAUCUGGACAGUAUGGACAGAGAGGUGGAUGAUAUUCUUGGAGAAGAAAGUGAAAAUGAAAGUGAGGGAAAAGAGAAAGAGGAGCGAGUGGAGGGAGAGGAAGAUGAGGAGACCAGCAGGCAGAAUGCUGAACCAGGACAUUCCCAACAGGCCCCGAGUACAUCUGUUAAAGACGCUACAUCAGCAUCCAAAGAAGAUAGGAGUCAGCCUGGAAGCAUAUCGAGAGGCCACAAGAGAAAACUGCAGGACACCAGAGACGACGACGACAAAGACGGAGACAUGGCUAGCCAGUCCAGUAAGGAGUCCAACGAGGACGGUAGCAGCUCAGAAGCUGACGAGAUGGCUGCUGCUCUGGAUGCGGAGUUAAAUGACUUCAUUUGAUGUCCGUGAGAAAAAUGACAAUGAACUGACCUUUCGAUUUCCAUCAUUUUCUACGUUUUUACGGCUCGACUCGUGGAAGUCACCUCUGAUGUGUCAAUAAGCGUGUGUGCUACGUUCGUGCGUGCGUGCGUGCGUGCGAGAGAGUGCGCGUGCAUGUUUAUUGCACAUAUGACAGCAGGUGAAUAUAUAUAUAUUUACACAAGGUAUGAUUUAUUAAGGUGUGAUGAAGCUGUUGAACAUUUUAUUGCAUUUUAUUCGAGCGAUGGAAUGUUAGAUCUAGUUUCACUUUCACUUUAAAGGUUUUACACAAAAUAAAUAAACAAAAAGAAAUGAAUUUUUGAUAACUGCCAAAGACGAUGACAGGCAGCUAUAUUUUUUUCUUUUUCUUUUUUUUUUUCUUUCCCCACUUUUUGUCUCUGCACAAAAAAAGUCUUUUGGCACAUUACAGUGUUUAACGAGAAGAUUUUUUUAUGGUAAAUACUUUGCCAAACUGGGGUGUUCAGUAAACCUUUCUGUUAUCAAAAUCAGCUUCCUUUACAGUAUUUAGCUUUUUUUGUGCUUUUAUUUUUCUAAAUUUAAAAGUCGAUGUAUGUUAUUAUGCUUGUAUAUGACAUUUCAUGCUGCCUUUCCUUUCUAAACAAAUUGAACAAGGAAAUCUACUGGUAGUCACUAGAAAUGGGGGAAGGGGGGGAUAGAUGAAACUUGGACAAUGAAAAUGCCAUUAAUAUUCUUUAAAACGUCUAUGAAAACAUAAAUCUAUUUUAAAAAAUGAUGAACAUUGUUUUUUAGGUUACUCUGCUGUGUAUGUUAACAAGCGAUGCUGAAUGCAGUUUUGCUAAAAGAUGUCUAAAAUCGUUCUGUACAGUUGACAGCAGACAAAGUUUGAAGAUGUUUAAAUGACAAUAAAAAAAGGAUUUGAAAA